AUGCCAAAAGAUGUAUCUUCAAGUGAUGAGGCAAGUGACACCGAGGAGGUUCCGCAAAAACGGAGAAAGCAGGGUAAGUUUUUGCUAGCUUAAUUAGCUAGCAAACUAGCUAAUGUUAGCCACUCCAAUCAACCCCAUCAAAGCUGGCUGCCAGGUAUCUAGUAAAUCCUGUUAGGAAUCUAAAAUGGGGAUGCUGCAAUUGGCAGACAACAUUGUGUAGUCUAUGGUGAUUUCCAAAACACACACACACAGAGUACGUUCACUUCGCUAGCUAGCGGUCUAGCUAAUACAAUAACUAUGUCUCUCCCUUCAGCUUCAAGGUAUCAGUGUCCAGCUGAUUAUGUGGCAUUUGCCCACAAACCCUGUGCCAGUACCCUCAUAGAAAGGGUUCGUGAUGACAACACAGAAUUAUGGCUCAUCAAAGCUCCCAGCAGUUUCAACCCGGACAGGUAGGCAACCCCUCUUUCCAUUUAACGAUAUUUUAAUGAUCAUAGAAGCGUUAUGAUUCACUUCUAAUAAUAGACAGCGAAAUAUCUAACAAAGUCCUCAGCAUUUCUCAGUCUGUUAUUAGAAGUGAGUCUAUAUUUGGUGUGCAGUAACCUUUUAACACACUGUCUGACUGUCCGCUCUCUUGCUACCCCACAGUUUCAGCAGUCUGAAGAUGCCUCUGUCUGGGCUGCAGACCAUGCAGGCCCCUGCCCAGCAGGCGCGUGGUGGGAAUGCCGGGCAGAUCUACAGCGUGCUGGGUGGGCCCUCUGGUGCUGCAGACCUCCGCCUCCUCACCAGUCACCCCCAGAGUCUCGACUCGGUGGUCUGUGCCCCGGCCUUCAGCGGCCUCCUCAACAUCUGUGAGAGCUACGGCGACUGCAGCACCAACCAGACCCCCAUAGCCAUCCCAGCCACCCCGGCCCCAACCGUGCCCCCAGGGCUCCGCCAGCGCUUCCAGCCUUUCGGAAGCAGGACCCCCACCCUCUCCAGACUGAUGGAGGAUACACCCGAUACUCUGCUGCCAUCUUCACCAGAGACGCCUCUCAGGGUCACGCUGGACCCGGGGGAGGAGAGGAAGAGCAAGAAGAAAAAGAAGAAAGAGAAACUUAUAAAGACUGAGGAGGAGGUGGAGGAGGUGAUGAGGGUGGUCAGGGUGAAGCAGGAGCUGCUAGACAUGACUGUCAGCCCAGAGGAGGCCUAUGAACUCCCUGGGCAGGAAGCUGAGCUCUUAGAAGAGAAGAGGAGGAAGAAGAAGAAGAAGAAGGAUAAGGACAGAGGAGAGGCGGAGGACACUGUAGGUUCAUCUUUUAAUGUGAUUAAAGAAGAGGUGGAAGUUAAAGUUGAACCAAUGGAUAGUUUCUAUGGUGACGUUGAAGAUUCUGGAAAAAAGAAGAGAAAGAUUAAGAAAAACAAGCAUGAUGAUGACUAG